AAGCUAAGUAGCAAAAUGUCAUGCCCGAACAACGUGGCAGCCAACACAUUCCUGGUGGACUCGCUGGGGGGAGGAACAUCUCCAUACAGAGGUGAGGGCUAUUCUACUAACUCUGGAAUGUAUAUGCAAGCGUCUGCAGAAUAUGGUUGUUCCAUGAUGAUGGGUAGUUUUGGCAUUGUUGGUACCCCUCUCUCCAAACGGGAUGAGCUUCAACCGAGUGGGAUGCAUCUCAGCUCUUACCAGCACUCGCAUUACCUGUCGCAGCGGGACAUUUGGACCGCAGGCUCUAAAACUUACAGAGGCUCACAACCUGUUGCCCAAGCUUUGCACCCAUGCUCAUUUCCAGCCAGCAGUGUGAAGGAGGAAGCGAUCCCUUGUCUUUACCAGACUGAUAUCGACAGCGCUAAGGAGAAAUCCACCUACAUCCGUCUGGGAGACAAUAGCAGCCACACGAAUCAAAGCACCGUCUCCACCCCCGAUUAUUUCCAACGGAGCCAGGUGUACACCAGUGAAAGGGGCAACCAUGGAGAUGAGUUCGGCUCGGACUUUAACCCAAUACUCAGAAUAUCAACGCCGGUAGAGGCACUAGCAGAAGAUUCUUAUGUCAAAGCCAGCAAAGCAAGGCAGGACCCAGAAGAUAUGGCAGGGAACACGCAGGAAGGCGACAUGGACAAGAGACCAUCUAGAAAAGAGGCGAGUGUCUUAAAAACAGACAGUUGUACCGAUGAUUCCGAGAGCGAAUUGAAAGAUGACGAUAAAUUGGAAAAAGCUGGAGACUGGCUAAAAGCGAAAAGUGGACGAAAGAAGAGAUGUCCCUACACAAAGCAUCAGACACUUGAGCUGGAAAAAGAGUUCUUGUUCAACAUGUACUUGACUCGUGAGCGCCGUCUGGAGAUCAGCAAGUGUAUCAACCUCACAGACAGACAGGUCAAGAUCUGGUUCCAAAACAGAAGGAUGAAGCUAAAGAAGCUCAACAGAGAAAGUCGCGUCCGGGAGCUUACUGGCUAUAGCUUCAACUGAUGGCUAAAACACACACACAAAAAUUAAGCAAAUACAUACUGUCUCUGGUCUCCACCGUUUUGCCAAUUUCUCCUUUUUUCCUCAUAGUUCUCCUCUUUAAUUCACAGACUGACACAUAUACGCAAAAUGUAAAACAUCAAAGCACUUUUGGGGUAAAACGCAGGCCCGUCCCGUUUAUUGCUAAAGAACUGGAAAUCUCUUGCAAACAAUUUUAAAUGUAGUCAGCACUUGAACCUAACCUAUCAUUGAGGAACAGACAAGAAUAGCAUUGUAAAUAUGCCAGUAGAGGAUUAAAAGGACGCUUGAUGGAAAUAUUAGUGAUAUAUUUGUAUUACUGAAUACCUCAACUCGGAAUAUACUUAGAAAAAGACUAUGAUGUCUUAGAUUAGCUUGUUUGCCGUCAGUGCGCUUGUCCUACACAAUGCGUGCUCUGUAUUUUGCAUGCUUUGUUUUUAAGUGUACUUGCCAUUUUGAUGUUUAACACAAGAGGCUGAAAAAUAAAA